CAGGAAGAUGAGGCAGCGGCGGCGGCCGCGGGCGUAGCGGGCCGGACCGAGCCCAACGACGCGGCCGGCGGGCACCGCGGGCUCCUCGCACGCCGCCUCCGCCAGCGCCCCGGCCACGUAGGGCCCGCGGGGCGGACACGCGGGGAGCCGGGCCACGCGCCGCCGCCCACGCGCGCCCUUCGGGGCCGCGACGCCCCUUUGUCCGGGGGGGCCGUUCAUGCCGCCGCCCCCCGUGCGCUGCGGGCCGGGCCACGCCGAGCAGGGCUGUCUCUAGGCCUGAGGAGCCCACCCCCGGCCCCUGGCUCCCCGUUGCUGCUGGAGAAUGAACCAGCCACAGAGGAUGGCGCCCGUGGGCACAGACAAGGAGCUCAGUGAUCUCCUAGACUUCAGCAUGAUGUUCCCCCUGCCGGUGGCCAAUGGGAAGAGCCGGCCCACCUCCCUGGCCGGGGCCCAGUUCGGAAGCUCAGGUCUCGAGGACCGGCCCAGUUCGGGCUCGUGGGGCACUGGCGAGCAGAACAGUUCCUCCUUCGACCCCAGCCGGACCUACGGUGAUGGCGCCCACUUCAGUGAGUCCCACGGCACCCUCGCUUCAUCCACAUUCCUGGGACCUGGGCUCGGAGGCAAGGGCGGCGAGCGGGGCGCGUACACCCCCUUUGGGAGAGACGCAGGGGUCGGCAGCCUGACUCAGGCCAGCUUCCUGCCCAGCGAGCUGGCCCUCAGCAGCCCGGGGCCACUGUCCCCCUCGGGCGUCAAAGGCGGGUCCCACUAUUACUCCUACUCCGGUCACCCUCGGCGGAGAGCUGCGGAUGGCGGCCUGGACACGCAGCCCAAGAAAGUCCGGAAAGUGCCGCCGGGUCUCCCAUCCUCGGUGUACCCACCCAGCUCAGGUGAUGAUUACAGCAGGGGCACCACAGCCUACCCACCCACCAAGACCCCCAGCGGCACCUACCCUGCCUCCUUCUACGUGGCAGACGGCAGCCUGCACCCCUCGGCCGAGCUCUGGAGCCCCCCAGGCCAGGUGGGCUUCGGGCCCAUGCUGGGCGGGGGCUCAUCCCCCCUGCCCCUCCCGGCAGGUGGCGGCAGCUCCGUGGGCGGCAGUAGCAGCGGUGGGUUUGGCGGCCUGCACCAGCACGAGCGCAUGGGCUACCAGCUGCACGGAGCAGAGGUGAACGGGGGGCUCCCGGCUGUGUCCACCUUUUCCUCGGCCCCCACGGGCGCCUACAGCAGCGUCUCCAGCCACACACCCCCCGUCAGCGGGGCCGACAGCCUCCUGGGCUCCCGUGGAACCACGGCCGGCAGCUCUGGGGACGCCCUUGGGAAGGCGCUGGCCUCGAUCUACUCCCCAGACCAGUCAAGCAAUAACUUCUCAUCCAGCCCCUCCACCCCCGUGGGCUCCCCACAGGGCCUGGCAGGGACGUCACAGUGGCCUCGAGCAGGAGCCCCCGGUGCCUUAUCGCCCAGCUACGAUGGGGGUCUCCACGGCCUGCAGAGCAAGAUGGAGGACCACCUGGACGAGGCCAUCCACGUCCUCCGCAGCCACGCCGUGGGCACAGCGGGGGACGUGCACGGACUGCUGCCUGGCCACGGGCCGCUGGCCUCAGGCUUUGCUGGCGCUGUCAUGCCACUGGGCGGGCGGCAUGCUGGCCUGGUGGGCGGCAGCCACUUGGAGGACGGCCUCUCCAGCAGUGGCGGCCUCGUGCACAACCACGUGGCCCUCCCCGACCUCUCCCGGCCGCCUGACUCCUACAGCGAUCUCGGGCGCGGCGCCGCCCCAGGGCCUGGCGACAUCAAGCGGGAGGAGCAGGAGGACGGAGAGAACGUGGCGGCCGACACCGCCGAGGACGAGAAGAAGGACCUCAAGGCCCCGCGCGCCCGGACCAGCCCGGACGAGGACGAGGACGACCUUCUCCCCCCAGAGCAGAAGGCUGAGCGGGAGAAGGAGCGCCGGGUGGCCAAUAACGCGCGGGAGCGGCUGCGGGUCCGAGACAUCAAUGAGGCUUUUAAGGAGCUGGGGCGCAUGUGCCAGCUGCACCUCAACAGUGAGAAGCCCCAGACCAAACUGCUCAUCCUGCACCAGGCCGUGUCGGUCAUCCUGAACCUGGAGCAGCAGUGACAUCACCCCUGCAGUGACCUCCUCCUGCUGACUUUCCGCCUCCUACAGUGACCAGCCCCCCUUCAGCGACCGUUUUCCAUUUCCCUGCUGUGACUAUCCCCCCAGUGACGAUCCUCCUCUGCAGUGGCCGUUCCCUCCUCAGUGACCAUCUUUCUCCUGACCGUGGGCCCUCUGCCUAGCCAGGCCCCAUUGCCGUCUCCAGUGGGUUUUUUUGGCCGUGCUGCGUUGGCAGGCGGGAUCCUAGUUCCCCAACCAGGGAUUGAACCCGCACCCCCUGCAGUAGAAGCGGGGGAAGUGUUAACCACUGGACCGCCAGGGAAGUCCCAUCCCAUUGUCCCCUCAAGUGAGAGGAACAGACUCUCGAUCCCUAGCCCUGUAGCCCUGGGCACUUUGGCACAGAGCUGUCUCCUCAGACCCCAAAGACUCCACCUGCCCAGCCCUUCCUUCUGAGGAAGCCCAGAGCCCGGCUGGCAGGGACUCGUGUCCCCUGGCUCCCAGAGAACGUCACUGUCGCUCUAGCUCUGAGCAGACACUUCGUGGGGCGCCUGAGCCCAUCGGUCCCCACCUGCAGGUGGGGUUCACCCCCCAUCCCCAAGGCUGAGUGAGGGUCAGGGAGGCUGUGUGACUCCCUCCAGCUGAUUCCUUAACGACCCCCACCCCACCCCCGCUGCCCCGUUAACCCUUUCUCUCCUGCAGCGCUGUCGCUUGGACCGGAGCUAGGGCCCUGGCCUGCCGCCCACUGUCCCCUGAGCUCUGGGGUUUCCGCGUCCCCACGGCGGCAUGGGCGUCACGCCGCGUCCGCCCGCCUCUCUGCUCUCUGCCCCCCGUGCUCCCCCACCCUGGCCGCCCACCUCCUCACUCCCACCGGCUGCCCUCCUUACCUCGCACUUGCGCCCGAGCGCUGAAACGGCAGGGCUGCGACCCGGGCCUUUCCUCCCUCACGGCUCCCAUCGGGACUUGAGGGAAGAAAGGGGCCCCGAGGCCUGUCUGUCAGUUUGGUCUGCACGCUUGUCCUGAGCUCCGGCCGCCGCCGCCACCCGCGGGGGUCGCUCAGGCCCGAGGGCAGGGUGGGCGGGCAGGACGGGCUCCCAGGGAAACAGGCAGAUGGAGAGGUUGCUCGUGCAGAGCCCCACGCUGCGCCCCUGGGGGGCCUGAGCUGGGGUGUGGACCCCGUGGUCAGCUCUCUGAGCCCCUGUUCCAGACUCGUUGGGGGGACUCAACACUGUGCCCGCCGCCCAGCGGUUACAGCACAAGUGCCAGGCCUCAGGGUCCUCCAGGCCCAGCUCUCGGGCAGCCAGGGUCCAACGUGGGGCAGGUGCAGUCCUGUGGCGCCCAGGCAUGAGAGGGGUCUCCAGGCUGUGAGCCGGUUUGCUUCUGUGGACUCAGUGUCCUGAACUCUGGGAGCCCCAGGCCUAGCUCUCCUUCACCCAGCAAGCAGCUGCUCUGAACGGGGAAGGUCGUCAUCCUGAGGGUGGGGGGCAUGGGGCCUCCCUGUUUCCUGGCCAGUCCUGGGCACGGCGAGCGGGCGGGGGCAAGGGCUGCGCCCAGCUCCAUGCACAUGCGCGGGUGGGGGUCAAGGCCCCACCUCCUGCCAGGCACACGGCAUGCGCACUCGCAGCCAGCGGGUGCCCUCCCCACGACCCCCGCUCGGGACUAACGGGGCCCCGGUGCUGU